CGACUACUCUCUGUACCUAAGAUCUGUCAUGUGUACUCAAUUACGGAUAUCUUUAAAUUAAAACUUUCCUUCUUCGAUUUGCGUUUUAAAAUGAAAUUAGCAACAAGAUCUACUUUUACUGUUUUAAUUUAAUCGUACAAUCCGAAAACAAGGAUACCGUCUGAUCUGUUAGGUUUAGUGGAAAUAUGAAUCGAAGUUGCGGUCGACCAACAAAAUAAAUUCAAACUUAAAGACACUAAAGCAAUUGAAUAUGGCCGAUGCUGAAAUUGACAAAUUGGAAACCAAUCCAACCGAUAGUUCAACCAUCGAAAAUAACAAUUGUGAGGCAACAUUGAAUACCGAACUGAAGAAUCUCGAAAUUGAAUCUGAAGAGGAUGGAUCGACUGGAUGUGUUCAUUAUAAACGACGUGCCAAAUUCGUGACCCCAUGCUGUGGUAAAUUCUACAAGUGCCGUUACUGUCAUGAUGAAAACGAGGAUCAUCAUUUCGAUAGGAAAACCUUAACCGAACUCAUCUGUUCCAAAUGUGACACGCGACAAAAAGUCCAGGCCGAAUGCGAGAAUUGUAACGUCCGCUUCGGAAAGUACACAUGUUUGAUAUGCAAUCUGUUCGACGACGAAGAUAAGGAUCAGUACCACUGUCAUGGGUGCGGUAUAUGUCGAAUCGGUGGCCGAAACAAUUUUUUCCAUUGUGAAGUGUGCAACAUGUGCUUACCGGUUCAGUUGAAGAUCGAAGGACAUAAGUGUGUCGAAAACAUAUCUCGGUCCAAUUGCCCAGUGUGUUUAGGUGAUAUUCAUACGUCAAGAAUUCCAUGUCACAUUCCAGAUUGUGGUCAUUUACUGCACAAAAUGUGCUUCGAUCAAUUGCUCGCUUCGGGCCAUUAUGUAUGCCCGACAUGCCAAACAUCAAUGAUUGAUAUGCAGAAAUUGUGGGACUACCUAGAUGCUCAAGCUCGAAACAUUCCAGUUCCAAAGUCUUAUGAAAAUUGCAAUGUCAACAUCUUCUGUAACGAUUGCUGUAAGCAAUCAACGGCAAAAUUCCAUUUUGUUGGACUAAAGUGCAGCUUCUGCGGUGGAUACAAUACAUCGCAGAACAUUAAAAAGAGAUCGUGGAGUCUCAGCAAAACUAAAGACAAUCCAUCUACAUCGGCAUAGAAAAAUAUAUUAGAACAUGAAACAAAAAAACAAAAAGUUUUAACUUAAAUGUUUAGGAAUCUCAACCAACAAUUACAAUUAUUAUCGAAUCCUGUUAACUGAUUUAAUCUCUUUGUGUUUAAGUUUUUUUUUUGAAAUUUAUUAUGUUUUUACUCGAAUCGUUUUAUCUGAAGUUAUAAUUUUAAUUUAGAAAAGAAAGAAAGCAAGAAGAAGAAGAAAGAAACUGAGUUACUCAAACACCAAUCUAUCUAGCGAAAUUUGUUUAAAAAAAAUAUAUUUUUGUUUGUUCCAAUUUAUGAUGAUGAUCGAAAUAAAAUUUGCAUUCCAUUUUU